GUAUUUCAGCCGUUAACAUGUCGGUCACUGCCAGGCGUAGCCUCAUCCACCGUCUCAUAAAUGCUUCCCAGCACACCGCUUGUCCCUGCCAUGGCUGUCGCUCAAUGGCCGCAUCUGGCCACACGGCGGUCGUGAACCAAUUGCGUAAACUAGCCACUCCUGUUGAUGUCGUGCAGAAAGAGUAUGCUUUCGAAGUCGCAGCUUCAAACCUACGGUUUGGAGAGGGUGUCACCUUGGAGGUUGGAAUGGAUCUCAAGAAUAUGAAUCCCCGAAAGGUUGGAGUCUUCACGGAUCCAAAUGUCGCAAAGUUACCGCCUAUGCGAAUGGUACACUUAAUUAAUGGAGCAUGGAUGCAAACAGCUCAUGCUUAUCUGCAGGCACUUGAAUCCCUAGAAAGUCAACCUGGACUGGUUUUUGAAGUUUAUGACAAAGUUGUCGCUGAACCAACCGAAGAGAGCUGGCGUGCUGCCAUCACUUGGGCUCGCUCUCAUGAUUUCAGUCACUUCCUCGCCGUUGGAGGCGGGAGCGUCAUGGACACGGCAAAAGCGGCGAACUUGUUCACUGUUUAUAAGGAGGCUGAUUUAAUGGAUUUCAUUAAUGCGCCAAUUGGCAAAGGUCUUCCAAUCACGGAAAAGCUUAGGCCGUUAAUAGCAGUUCCAACGACUGCUGGUACUGGCUCCGAAACGACUGGGACCGCGAUCCUAGACAUUACGUCGAAGUCCUUCAAGACGGGUAUAGCGUCGCGUGCACUCAAACCAAUGCUCGGCAUUGUUGAUACUCGUAACACCGACUCAUGUCCGAGAGAAGUACACAUCUCUAGCGGUCUCGAUACGCUCUUCCACAGCCUUGAAAGUUACACUGCUAUUCCAUACUAUGAGCGCACGCCUCGUCCUUCAAACCCCAUCAAUCGACCCGCCUAUCAAGGCAGCAAUCCCGUUGCAGACAUUUUCUCCGUCUGGGCUCUGAAACAAACGGUCAAAAAUCUCCCGCGCGUCGCGAAGGAUCCGACUGACAGAGAAGCGAAGCAGCAAAUGCUCCUGGCAGCAGCCUUCGCGGGUAUAGGUUUUGGAAACGCCGGCGUCCAUCUUUGUCACGGCAUGAGCUAUCCAAUUUCUGGCUUGAAUAAGGCUGGGCCGAAAUACAAGCAUCCUGGAUACCUUGUUGACCAUCCGAUUAUCCCGCAUGGAAUCAGUGUCGCUCUCACGGGACCAUCAGUUUUCCGUUUCACUGCGCCAUCUUCGCCAGACAGGCACCGAGAGGCUCUUGCCGUCUUCCUCAACACCUCACCCGACGACCCAUCUGUUAGCCGCAUCCCUGAUACAGAUGUUGGUGCACACCUGUACGAUGCAAUCGCCGGCUUCCUUGAUUCUCUCGGUGUGCCGCGGGGUCUCAAGGCGGUUGGAUACUCAAAGGCUGAUGUUCCUCGACUCGUGCAGGGCACGCUGCCGCAGCGCCGAGUCCUUGAUCUUGCACCUGGCAUCGGCGAUGUCGUCGGAGAAGAUGGGAAAGAAGCGCUUACUGGCAUCUUGGAAGGUGCACUGGAAUACUGAUCUAAUCAACUUUUGUACGUCAAAGAUAUUGUAGCUUUGCUGAUUGCUUGGGGUGACGAAUGAAACGUAUGCGUAAAGAGCUUUGUUUGUAAGUUUCAUAUUUCUGAGGAAUAAUACCGAUUAAAUUGAG